AUGGCGAAGAGGGACGAAAAGAAAAAGGAAGAGGGGGGCGCGACGGCGUCGGCGAGCGAGGAGACGACGAAGCGAGGCGCCAAAGACGUGGUGAAGGAGAUCGAGCACGCGGCGCAGGAUAUCGCGGAGAAGGUGACGCACGGCGCGGAAAAUUUGGUUUCUCGCGUGGACACGGCGCUGCACUACGGUCGGGACAAGGCGAAGGAGACGGCGGACGUCAACGGGGACGGUGUCGUGGACUCGAAGGACGUCACGGCGGCGGGGGAGAAGUGUGCGACGAAGUGUUCGAUAAUGUGA